AAAUAAUUUGCAUACAAAAUCUGUAAAUCUAUCUAUCAUCAUCAUCCACAACAUAUAAAUUAAUAAAUAUGAAGAAGAAGAUCAAUCGUUAAUACUCAAGUUCACAAGAUAAUUUAUCAAAAUAAUAGAAUAAUUAUAUACAUAUAGAUAUAGAUAUAUAUAGAGAGAGAGAGAGCGAGCGAGAGAUGUCUGUAGCUGAGCUGAGAGAGAGACACUUAGCUGCUACUGAAACUUUAAAUUCACUUAAGGAACGCUUACGUGAACGCCGGAUUCAACUUCUAGAUACCGACGUUGCGAGUUAUGCAAGAGCGCAAGGGAAAACAGCGGUUGAGAUUGGACCGGCGGAUCUAGUUUGUUGCCGGGAUUUACAAGGACAUACCGGAAAGGUGUAUUCACUAGAUUGGACUCCUGAAAAGAACCGGAUAGUUAGUGCAUCUCAAGAUGGAAGGUUGAUAGUUUGGAAUGCUCUUACAAGUCAGAAAACUCAUGCCAUUAAACUUCCAUGUGCAUGGGUUAUGGCAUGUGCCUUUUCUCCAAGCGGACAGUCAGUUGCUUGUGGUGGCCUUGAUAGUGUAUGCUCCAUCUUCAAUCUUAGUUCACCGCUUGACAACAACGGUACUAUGCCUGUAUCAAGGAUGCUUAGCGGGCACAAGGGUUAUGUGUCUUCCUGUCAGUACGUACCGGAUGAUGAUACUCGGUUAAUAACCGGUUCUGGGGAUCAGACAUGUGUUUUGUGGGAUAUAACUACAGGAUUGAGAGCAUCCGUCUUUGGAGGCGAGUUUCAGUCGGGGCAUACCGCAGACAUUUCGAGUGUGUCGAUCAAUGGGUCCAACUCAAGAAUGUUUGUCUCUGGCUCUUCUGAUGCAACUGUACGUCUUUGGGACACACGUGUUGCAAGUCGGGCAGUAAGAACGUUUCAUGGUCAUGAAGGGGAUGUUAAUUCUGUAAAGUUCUUCCCAGACGGAAAUAGGUUCGGAAGUGGAUCAGAUGACGGAACAUGCAGACUUUUUGACAUUAGAACUGGACAUCAGCUCCAAGUGUACCCUCCUCAGCAGCAGCAGCAUGAUGAUAAUAACACCCCUACUGUGACUUCUAUUGCUUUCUCCAUAUCAGGACGUCUACUCUUUGCUAGCUACUCCAAUGGUGAUUGCUUUGUUUGGGACACUCUAUUGGCAGAGGUUGUUUUGAAUCUUGGAGAUUUCCAGAACUCGCAUGAGGCUCGUGUGAGCUGUCUAGGUUUGUCGGCUGAUGGCAGUGCCUUGUGCACAGGAAGUUGGGAUACGAGUCUCAAGAUUUGGGCUUUCGGAGGGCACCGGACAGUGAUCUGAAUUUCUAAAAACACUGGUUCUAUUGGUAACUACCACUUUGAUUUGCAUCUUUCUUGACCCAUGUAUCCGUUUAUGAUUUGUUAGUUAACCUUGUGGAAUGAGGGUAGAACUGAUGGUAAAUAUUUUCAUCUUGGUCCACAAAGUUGAGGAUUGUUCAUAUAACAGUGGCAAGGGUUUCCUUUAAUUAGUGCCUCUGUCCAUGCAAAAUAGGGUUAGAAUGGUAUGAUUGAAGUCAAAAUCACUAAUACAAUUGUUUUCCAAUUCCCCCGGACCAGCAUCUUACAAUGCUCAUCUUUCAAAAAAGUUGUGUGGAAAUAGAAUUGUAUGAAAUGUAAUUAAUUUUCUGUU